AUGUUUCGCAAUUGCUGGAUAUCGCUGAAAAUUGCUGCCAGAAACUAUUCGCUAAUUGUUGAUCCGCUCCAGCCAGGACGCAUUAGUAAGUCACAAGCAAAGUCUCGAUUUCCGUUCCCCAGGAUUAUGUCUUUUGACAUCUGGAAUACAUUAUUCACUCCUCGGGCACCUAUUGCACAGCAGUACUAUGAAAUCUCCCACGGAGAGUUCGGUAUAGAUAAGCUGUUAUGCAGCAUAGAAACAGAGUUUCCUGCCGUGUUCAAGCGCAUGGAACUGGAGUUCCCAAAUUACGGGAAGGGCAUGCCAGGAUUUGGAUCCAGCAAUGACUGGUGGCGUGAACUCAUCACGCGGCUCUACGCAAUGCCAAAAGGCGACAAGACUACUAGCGCCUUAUGCACUCGCUUAAUCGAGCAUUUUUCAGGCAGUGAAGCCUAUGUUCUUUUUGAUGACGUCAUUCCCGUCUUGCAGAAUCUUCAGGAAAAUGGAGUCAGGGUUGUGGGUGCGUCCAACUCAGACUACCGCGUGUUUUCUGUGAUGGAAAGUCUUGGGAUCUCGGCGUACUUCCCAAAAAACCGUGUGUUUUUGUCCUACGAUUUGGGCGUGACCAAACCCAGCAGGCAGUUCUUUCAGAAGGUCUCCAAACCAUACUAUCUCGAAGAUUUAAAAGAGGGCAAGUGUAAAAACCUCAAUGAUUUCUUGGAAAACGCAUGGCACGUGGGCGACCAUUAUGAAAAAGAUUUUGUAGGUGCCGUCAAGUCCGGAUGGAAUGGCGUACUCCUUGACCGCAGCAAGAAAUCAGUGUUUUUGAGCCAUAAGCCACAAACGAAGGUCAUUUCAAACGACUGUUUUGAGGGCCAAGCUGUGGAUUCAUUAGAUGGAGAAGACUUGGUGAUGAUUUCCGAUAAUCGGGUGUGUGUUAGUGGCCUCGGCGAGCUUUUGAGGCUUUUUGGGUAUGACGAACAAUAA